GCUCUGUUGGAUGUUUGGAUGGACCUGUGGGUUAUGGCAUGCCCCCUCCUCACGGUAACCCUUCCUGUUCAAGGAGACUCGGCAGAAUCAGACGCCGCCGGAGUCUUCUAGGCUUCCUCGCCCCUUCCACAUCGCCGGCGGCAUCAUCCUUGCGCCGCCCGGCCAGAUCACAGCCGGUCCGCCGCUUGCCUGGGAAGAGAGGGUGGAGGAAGUGGGGGAGGAUGAGCGAGGAGAGGCCGGUGCCGCGGCGGGAGAGCCCGUGGGGUCUGCCUGAGGGCGACACGCGGCAGCCCAAGGCUCACCGCUGUAACGACCGCGCCGAGGACGUCGUCCAGGCUUGCUUUGAAGGGAACCCAUUCAAGACAGUUCCAGGCCCAUUUAAGCUCUUCUGGCAAUGCAUGCGCUCAAAACCUGGGGAGGAACCAACCGAGCCCUAUACCUACCUGCAGCUAGAUCCUCCGAGAAGGGUGGAAGUGAAUCUGGAGCAAACAGGAAGUGAACCUUGAACGAGCAUGCCAUCUCGUGCCGAUUUGUCUUCACCUUUGGAGCAAACUAGCUGCAUCAACUAAUAAACUAGGCAUAGGGAGAUGCUCGUUCACCAUCUUGUUCAAGGUGAAUCUGGAAUAAACUAACAGAAGCAUCAACUAAUUGGCUGCAUAAGAAAAAAAAUAUAAACCUUCAGUGGCUUUUUCAUUA